UGCAUGUACACUCAAAACCCGGUCUGCGGCCGUCGCGUCUUAUGCACAACAACUGCAGUGCAUUGUGUAUGCACCGCCGCCGUCGUCGAAUUGCAUCGCCGCCAAAAAGUGUCCGUUUGCCGCCGCCGCCGCCGCCGCCGAAGUUGCCUCCGUCGUUUUUAAUAAUAUUAUUUAUUAUAAAAAUAUUAUACUCGGUCUAUAAAAUCGAUAAUCACAGUAAUACAGUUCUGUUUUAGUGUGAAUAUAUAUUAGUGUAGGUAGGUACCCGCGUUUACCGUAAAACGCUGAGAUCCGCGCGCACCUUCCCGGAAAUCUAUAAUCUUCAAAUACGGCCGACUGUAUCAGUCAAAGAAGCCUGCAAUAAUCUAUUACAAAGUCAGUGUCAGUGUCAAAUAAAAAAAACGCACCCACGACUGGACAUGGACUUGCGCCGUUUUCCCGCCAUCGAUACGCCAACAUCGACGAUCCCCGCAAAGUUAUUAUAAAGUAUACGAUAACCGCAUUGGCAUAUCACUUAUGCAUGGGUAGUGCAGACAUUGAUUUUGCAUUACCUGCGGGGCCUACACGCAGUUCAGUGGCGGGCAAUAGUUAAGCUCUGCACUAGUCAGUAUAAUUUUAAUACAGCGAAAAAUGAAUAAUACAAUUUACUAGAAAAUACCUAACCUGAUGCAUUCAAGAAAACAUAAUCGCACCAACCGCCGGUCGUUUACCGCCACGUGCGUCGCAAAGUGUAAACGAAUAUACCACGCGGAUUUAACGCGGAAAAAAAUUUAAAAUUCGCGGCCGCCGCUCGCAGUAAAAUUUUUUUUACCGCCGACUUCACACUCCCGCAGCCAAGACGAUCUCUUCGGCCCCGCUGGAUCUUCGCGCCUCGCCCGGCCACGAACAUCAGCAGCUGCUGGGCGACGACACCAUGUCGGCGGACAUACAGCAACAACAGCAGUCGGUGCUGUUGCAGCGGCCCGUGUUCAAGAUGAACCCGGCCGCUGAUUUUUGGCAACAGCAACGUCAACAAUACCAACAGCAACAACAGCAGCAGCAGCAGCAACUUCAACAGCACCAGCAACAGCAACAACAGGCGGUCUCUUCGCCGUCACCUCAACCGGCCCAACAGUCGUCCGUACAGCAGCAGCCGCCCGCGCCGUCCCAGAACGGUAUGCAGCUCAACCAUGACGGGUCAGUCGUCGGCGGUGCUGACCAACAGCAAGUGCCGGCCGCUUCGGCGAUCCGUACGCAAUCCGAUAACCUCAGCGUCACCGACGACGAGGCGAUCACCAUGGUCGCACAACAAGUGCAGCGCCAACACCAGCAAAUGCAAGACCAGAACAACGUGGAAAUGACAGACGAACUGGAUGUGAAACCGUCGGCGGCCGCCACCGCCGCCGCUGUGGCCGCGGCCGUCAGGUCGGCCGUCGAUCCUACCGGUGCGGUCACCGUGGGCGGACAGCCGGGCGGCGGCGGUGACGUUCAGGCCGUCGCUGCCGCGGCCGCAGCGGCUGCCGCAGCCCUCGGUCAGAACAACCAGCUAGUUUUGUCCGAUCCAAAAAUGAUGACAGAAAAAUUGGUCAGCGAAUUGCAGAACCGAUCGAUAUCAGACCGCACUCUUGAAGAAUGCUGGUCCACACUACAGCGAGUCAGCUGGAACGUCUUUCGUUCAAUAUUCAUGCAGAAGUCGGCGGCCAUGCAAAUGCAAGCCCGAGAUUUCGGCAGACCCGGCAGCAUCGGCGGCAGUUCGCUGAGCGGCAGUGGCCUGGAAGUGAGCAAACCGCACCAGUGCCAGCAAUGUCUCAAGUCGUUCAGCUCCAACCAUCAGCUGGUCCAGCACAUCAGGGUGCACACCGGCGAAAAACCUUACAAGUGUUCCUACUGCGAGCGCCGGUUUAAGCAGCUCAGUCACGUACAGCAGCACACCAGAUUGCAUACAGGCGAACGACCCUACAGGUGUCACUUGGCCGAGUGCGGUCGAGCUUUUAUACAAUUGUCCAACCUGCAACAACACCUCCGUAAUCAUGACGCCCAAGUGGAACGAGCCAAGAACCGGCCGUUCCACUGCACCAUCUGCGGCAAGGGUUUCGCCACCGAGUCCAGUCUGCGCACCCACACGGCAAAGGAACAUUUUUUUUAUUUUCAGGAAGCCGAACUCCGAAUGGACGUGCUCCAACAACACGCCGCGCUAAUGGGCGGUGCCAGCACCACGUCGUGUCCGCUGUGCCACAAACUUUUCUUGGGCAGCGACUCCUUAGUUGAACACAUGAAGACACACCACAACGAGCCGACCCCCAUGUCGCCGGCCGUCGUACCGAAUGAGUGGAAAAUGCAGGAGAAGAAAUUCAGUCAUUUAGGCUACUCGGACAUCGGAACUGGUCCUUACAUGGCCAAACGCCGAACGGCCAACCAUCCGUGUCCCGUAUGCGGCAAGCACUACGUGAACGAAGGCAGCCUUCGAAAGCAUUUGGCUUGCCACCCGGAAACCGCUCAGUUUGCCCAGCUCAGGAUGUGGCCGUGUUCGGUGUGCCAAGCGGUGUUCACCCACGAAUCAGGUCUUUUGACUCACAUGGAACACAUGCGCAUGGACCCUAAACAUCAGUUUGCCGCACAGUACGUUCUGAGCAGAGCGGCCGCAGAACGCCGAGAACGCGAGAACUUCUUGGCCGCAGUGACGGCUACCAACAGCAUGGGCGGGCCCAUCUCACCGCAUUCCGUACACUCGGACUCGUCGUCGUCUAAUAACGGCGACGUCGACGGCACCGGCAGCGGCGAUCCGGGUUCCGUCGGCGGUACCGCCUUGAGUGCCGGCGCGCUCCAGAGCAGUUUGUCCACAUCCGGCAACGGCGGUCGCUUGACCGCGUCUCCCGCCGACAACCAAAUACCGUUGGUGUUGCACCACAACAACAAUAAUAGUACCACCAAUAACAAUAACAAUAACAACAACCCAACGGCCGUCAAACUCGCUGAGCUAAUGGCUGCCAGCAGGACCGGUGGCAUGAUGGGAAACGGAGGGCACCAGUACAUGAACCAGCAGCCCCAGUACAACGCCAACGACUUACAGCGAGCGGCCGCUUUAUUUAUGAGCCAACAGCAAGCUCAUGCGGCCGUCUCACAAGUGGCGCAACAGAACCCGCCGUCUCCUCCGCAUUCGCCGCGUACCGUACCUCCAACGCCGGCGUCCGUCGUCCAGGCCGCGGCCGCUAACUUGGCGGCCGCCGCUAUGCGCAUCACCCAAUCCAACGCCAUGCAUCAAAACCCGUUAGUGACCACUUCAAGCAGCGGAUCCGCAUCCAAUUCGUCCGUCAACUCCAUGCAAUCGGCCGUCCAGUUGGCCAUGAACGCGGCCGUCAGGGCGUCCAUGUCGUCUAUGGUGGACGGACUCAGCGGACACCACCAACCGACGACUCAUCAGUCUAUGUUGCACCACCAGCAGUCCAACCAUGACCAGUCGUCGCCAACGUUGCGCAUGCAAGAGGCCAUCCUUCGGUCGCAAGCCGAGGCGGCGCUCCGGUUGGCGGUCACUCAGGCCGUUGCCGCGUCGUCCGGCCAACAGCAGCAGCAACAGCAGCAACAACAGCACCAGCAGCAACAACAACAUCAACAACAACAACAGCAGCUCCAACAGCAGCAACAACAGCAACAGCAGCAGCAACAGCAACAACAGGUCGCCGAACAGGCCAGGCAAACUACCGCGUCGGCCCAACAAAACGCCGCACAUCAGACGCAAAACGCAAUCAACUAUAACUCCAUGACCGCACAGGGCCAGCUGAUGAACGGACAAUACCACCAGGGACAAGUAUCUCCCGACUUGUCCGAAGCUCUGCGUCUCCAAGAACAGCGUCUGGAACAAGCACUUCGGUUGCACGGUGAUCCCAGGGCUCUGGGUUUCGCUUUCGGUAACACCCAACAGGGUCACCUAAAUCCAUGAGGGUUCAGUUACUAUUGAAAUAAUCGGGUCUCGGCGCGUAUGCGCUAACUUCCUAUAUCGAUACUCGACAGCCUGAACUUGUGUUCUUUCACAAUAAUAAUUAGAUUCACCGGUUUCGUUUUUUUUUACCAAAACCCAAUAAACGUCGUACGUUUAUUGAGAAAAAAUUCUCGGCUGUUUCGUGUAAAUAUUGUAUAAUAUCAUUUUUUUUUAAAUUAACUAUCUAUAAGUAUAAAUUUAAUGUCGUCGCGUUUAAAAAACUAAACAAAAUUAACCAAAAGUAUAUUUUAUUUCCCAUUUGAAGUUUAGCAAAUUUUUGUUGUACAGUAAUUUAUAUAUAUAUUUGUGGUUAUUUUUAUUAGCAUGAGAUGUACAAACAUAUUGAUCAAUCUACAUUAAUAUAAUAAUAAUAGUGUUAUAAAAUAUAUGUGAGGAUCGCCCCUAAUUGCUAUAAGAAUAAAUAAAUAUUGCGGGACAAUUUUUAAAUCAAGAACUCAAUUUUCAUUUUUACGAAAAAAAAUAAUUAUCGUUUUUACGAAAUACUUGUUUAUGUUAACUUUUUGUUAUUUUGUUUCGGUUAUUAUCUUUGUUUUAUUAUUUUGUUUUAUUUAGGGGAUUUUGCAAUUUUUUCCAUCAUUAUUUCGUUGGAUGACAUUUUUUUAGAAAUAAUCGUAAACUUUUUUAAUACAUUGUUCACAAACACUCUAUAAAACUUCUCUCAGAUCGCGUUCAUGUCACUGUUUUUUAAUGAUUAGGGCAAGUUUGUAAAUAAACACGAAACAAAUACAAGUUCACUCAAAUUCUUAACACAUUAUGGACAACACGACAGAACGCAUAACUUGUACAUAAUAAUAAUAAUCAGUAGACAGUACUUUUCAUCCGUUUAUUAUUUUGUAAAUAAUACAAAUUAGUUUCAUUUUCUUCUUUCAGUAAUCGCCGCCUUGUACAUAAUAUAAUAUACUUCAAUUUUUUCACCGAGGUUGCAACUAAGUCCUACCAUUACAAUUUCACCGAUAACAAUUGGUGCACCACUUCUUUUUGCAUUCGCGAUUAGAUUGACACGCGGUUGAAGUAUAGAAGUUAAGUGGCCAAUUAUUACACACACACAGCGGCUGUCGUGUUAGUCCUAUAAAAUUAACCAUAGAUUGUUAUCGAAGGAAAAAUCAAUUUUUCGUUUUUGUUUCAUUAAUACCAAUCGAACGCUCUGAUGAUGAUAAUAAUAUUAAUGUCGUGCAAUAAAAGAGUUUGUUGUAAAUGUUUUCUUUUAAUUUUCUGAAACCAAUUAGCCGCGGUACACGUUUAUUUAUUAUAAUUAUUUAUCGAAAUAGAUAUUAUAUAACAAUGUAUAAUAUACAUGACAAUUAAUUAUCGAUCUCACAGUACCAUUUGACGGAUGACAGUUAACAUUUCUCAAUGACAGAAUACGCGAUCCGGACUACAACGAGCCGGCACAACGUCUCUUGACCAAAUAAUUAUUAUAUUGUAUAUACGAAUAUCUUCAUUAUUUCUAUACUCGUUUAUUAUAUUGGUCAUUCGAUAACCACUUAUUCGUUUAUCGCGUAUUGCAUACACAUACACAUACAUGUAAGAAUAUCGCAAUAGCCCAAGCAUGCAGCGAGCAUGUAAAUACACAACAAUACUAUAUUAUUAAAUACUAUACAGAAGGAUUUCCGCUAGAUCAAAAAUCGGCCCCUAAACGGGCGUAAACGCAUCUGUAUAGUAGAUUUUUUUUCUUGUAAUCGCAAUAGCCCAAACCGGAACGUCGACGAUUCUAUAGAUGAAUCAUUUUAUUCGACUUCUGGUCCACACACAAACACUUUUACACUCAUAAUCAAAACAGUAGAUAGAACAGAUUUACGGUACACAAAACGUAAAAUGUUUAAUUUUGGGAUCGAAUGAUACUGUUUCAAAAGAAAUAAUAAAAAUAAAAUACUACAUUCUUCUACCUAUUACUCCCUUUCUUAUAUGUCCCACCGUAGUAUUGCGGACCCGACAAAGAAGGUUAAUGGGUUUCAAUUCCUUUCAACGAGAAGGAAGCAGCAAUUUCCAGGGUUAGGUAUUAAAUCCGACCGCAAUCGUCGCCGCUUAUACUAUACUCUUUUUUUCGCUUAUAUGUUUUCUAUAAUAUAAUACAUACAUUAAUAAUUAUCCUACUUCCGUAUUUUGUGUUUUUUAUUAUUCGAUUUUGUUUUUUCAUUAUUAUAAUUCCGAUAAGAUUUCAUUUAAUUAUUAAUAGUUUUCAUAUUUAUUGUCUCAUCCGUUGGAUACAACAAUACCCAAUAAUAAUAUAAUUGUAAUUCAUAAGUAGCUUAUACAUACAUAUACAAUAGUCGAUAGGAUAGUGCCGUUUAUAUAGUAAUGAUAAAUAAAAUAAUUUUUAAUAACUUACAGUUUUCCAUGACCAAAACGGUUUUUUUUCAUCGCAGUGUGAUGCUUACAACAAAAUACUUUACACGGCGUUUUCUUUUAGGUUUUUUUUGUCCGUUCGUUGAAUUAUUAUUUGGUUUGGUCGACGAUGAGUCGUCCGAAAAUCUAUUUCUUUGUUCAGUUAUUUUUUUUCGUUCCAGUUAUACAACCUCUUUAUUAUUACUUAUUAUUUAAUAUUUACUUAUGUUUUUUUUUGUUCAUGUUUUAACUAUAUUUUCAGUUGACCGUUUUAGCCUAUGAACUCACUAGUAAUAAUAAUUAUAUUUAUUACAUUGCAGUUGACAAUUUUCUUUCUCUUACAGUAAUAACUAAAACAAUUGUUAUUACAAGUAUAGUGUUGAUUCGUUGCAAUAACUUAUGUUUUUUUAGCUUUCCGUGUUCUGAUGCAUAUUUACGUUACAAUAGUCGCAGUAUAAUAUUAUAAAAUAAAGUACACAGUUUGUUUUAAUAAUUUGUAAUAAUACUAUUAUAACUUUUACGCAAUU